ACACAAAGCCCCGCCCAUUCGACGUUUGGGCGGUUACCAGGCCGGCCCCAGUGCGCAGGCGCGGGAAAGUUGAACUUCGAAGAAAAGUUUAUAGAAAUUGAGUGAAAGCGUGGGUACUGGCACGACUGAGGCGGAACCCCAAACCAGGUGCCUCCAUGGCAGGCUCUGAGGAGCUGGGGCUCCGAGAGGACACGCUGAGGGUUCUGGCCGCUUUCCUUAGGCGAGGUGAAGCGGCUGGGUCCCCUGUCCCUACUCCACCGCGGAGCCCUGACCAAGAAGAGCCAACAGAUUUCCUGAGCCGCCUCCGAAGAUGCCUCCCAUGUCCCCUGGGGAGAGGAGCCCCUCCCCCGGAGUCCUCUCGGCCCAGCUUCCUGCCCCUCCGCCCCUGCUAUGCUUCCGAGCCUGGUCCAGCCACUUCAGACUUCUAUGCCCUGGUUGCCCAGCGCCUGGAACAGUUGGUCCAAGAGCAACUGAAAUCUCCGCCCAGCCCAGAGUUCCAGGGACCCCCACUCACGGAGAAGGAAGCCCUGCUGAGGAGGCUGGUAGCCUUGCUGGAGGAGGAGGCAGAAGUUAUCAACCAAAAGCUGGCAUCAGACCCCGCUCUACACCGCAAACUGGCCCGCCUGUCAGCCGGCUCUUUCGCCCGCCUUGUGGAACUCUUCUCCAGCCGGGAAGGCAGCUCUUCCUCAAGCUGUACAAGCCCUUCGCUGCCAUGUCCAGGGCCCCCACCGCCAUCCCCAGAACCACUGGCCCGCCUGGCCCUGGCCAUGGAGCUGAGCCGGCGUGUGGCCGGGCUGGGGGGAACCCUGGCCAGCCUCAGCGUGGAACAUGUACACAGCUUUGUGCCCUGGAUCCAGGCCCAUGGGGGCUGGGCAGGCAUCCUGGCCGGCUCGCCUGUGGACUUGAACUUACCCUUGGACUGAGCACUGCCCCUGAACCGGCUGCAGGACUGACUGCAGGCUCUGAGGACACUCUUCCUUCAAGGCUGUGGGAUUUGGCUGCCCUGCCAUUGUUUUUCUUUUUUUGCCAAAAAGACUUUUUAGGAAUGUCUCCAUAUUAAAUGCUUUGUUCAACUAGAGCACUAAAGUGUG